AUGGUUCGAAAUCGUCGAAGAACAACAGAUAGAGGUACAANUCUACCCAGUACAAUAAUAGCAGCUUUGAAGGCAGUGAAAAUAGAACANUUGUCAGUGAGACAAGCUGCUUUAUUAUUUCAAAUUAACUAUCGCACNUUAACUCGAUAUUGUAAGAAAUUUUUAGAAACGGAUUUGUGUGAAAAUACGAUUUCUACAAAUAUAGGUUAUGNUAAACCAAAAAAGAUAUUUAGUGAUUCACAAGAAGAAGAACUAGUUACGUAUAUCUUACGUGCUUCAGAUAUUUACUUUGGUCUUACACCAAAGGAAAUCAGAAUAUUAGCUUAUAAGUUAGCUUGUCAUAAUUCAAUACAGAUGCCNCAAUCAUGGAAAAAAAAUGAAAUGGCAGGAGAAGAUUGGUUCAGCGGACUAUUAAAACGUCAUAAUAAUCUUUCGAUACGGAAACCAGAAGCUACAAGUAAAGCAAGAGCAACAAGUUUUAACAAAACUAAUGUUGAAAUAUUUUUCAACAAUUUGACAAAAGUAAUGUCUUGUUAUCAUUUUCAACCUCAAGAUAUUUGGACUAUGGAUGAAACCGGAAUAACAACUGUUCAAGUGCCAGAUAGAGUAGUUGCUCGAAAAGGUUAUAAACAAAUUGAAAGUAUCGUUUCGGCUGAACGUGGAACUUUAGUCACUAUGGCUUCUGCAAUAUCUGCAAUAGGAAAUCAUAUACCACCUUUUUUUGUGUUUCCUCGUGUGCAUUUUAAAGAUUAUUUUCUUAUGUCUGCUCUACCUGGAUCAAAUGGCACUGCAAACAAAUCAGGUUGGAUGCAAGAAAACGAUUUUCUACAAUUUUUGAAACAUUUUAAUGUUUAUGCAAAAUGUUCAAUUGAAAAACCAGUUUUAUUGCUGUUAGACAACCAUAAUUCUCAUCUUAGCAUCGAAGGUUUAAAUUAUGCAAAAGACAAUGGAAUUAUAAUGUUGUCUUUUCCACCGCAUUGUUCACAUAAAUUACAACCUUUAGAUAGAACAGUAUUCGGACCUUUUAAAAAAUAUAUUAAUUCUGCUUCUGAUGCUUGGAUAUUAAAUCAUCCGAAUAAUACUAUGAAUAUCUACAAUAUUCCCGAAAUUGUUGCUGUUGCCUAUCCUCUUGCAAUGACACCAAACAACAUUCAAAACGAUGUAAAGGUUUUGGACACAGAACGCUUCUAUCAAAGAAGAUUACUUUCUGAACUGAUUAAUAUCAAGUUGCAAAAAAACAGCAUAAAUUUAAUGAUGGAUACGGAGUUUCUAGAUCCGAUUUAUACUUCAUUACUUGAAAAGUUCGGCAGCUAA